AUGUAUGGGAUUGGGACUGCCGAUAGUCAGUUUUUGUUUACGGGGUCACUAUCUGUGGGGGGUGACAGCUCACAUUAUGUGCAAGAUGAAGAGGUAGAAAGAUUGCGCAAUGAAAUGGCUAGCAUGCGGGAAGCUGAAGCACAAAGGGAAGCACGAGAUGCACAAAGGGAAUUGGAAAUGGAGGAGAUGCGAAAAAAGCAUGCCUUGCUUGAAGCACAAAUGACGGAUUUUUUCAAGCAAAACAAUUUCUCCGGAAAUCCACCACAAAGAAACUAGUUUAUGUUUCUAAUCUAAAAUAUUGGUAAUCAUAUUUUGUGACACUUUUUAGUUAUG